AUUCCCGAAACACCCCCGGGGCAUUCGGCAGAUUUUUUCAGUCCAUUUUAUCAAACGAUUGCUGCAGCCCCAUCACAACAGGUUUUUCAAUUCGAUGAAGUCACUGGAAUAUUGAAAAAAUGUCAAGACACUUAGUAAAAACGUCGAGUACAACAAGUCCUCGAAUUGACAGCUAUUCAACAGGGGGAAGUGAAAAGUUCUCGUCCACGACGUCUCUGCUACCCACGAAUGCUCCUCAAGACCCGGAGUUUAUCAGGAUUCUGCAGGAGGACAAGAUUAAAGUUAUGAGGGCGCGCACCGCUGCUCUUUUCAAUGAGAAUGUGUACUUGAAGACCCAGAUCCACCAAGAACAAUCCAGGACAAAAGAACUAGAAGAGCGCUUGAUUGCGAUGGAAGACAGACUCUCGUUAAAAACUGAAUCAUCAAAAAAUAUUGAGGAGCAGAGAGAUGAAUUCCUAAACUCCGAUCUCAGAUCAUCGGAGAAACCCUUGGAGUUUCCUUCUCUGUGCGAUUUUUGCGCGAAUAAAAUUCAGAAAGGCGACUCGGUCAAUCCCAUUGUUUUCGUUACCAAAGCCGAAUUGAGCAACUUGAUGGGAGAUAUGGAGGAAUUGCGUGAUGGUCUGGCAGUGAGGGAAAAAGCAUGGGAAGGAAUGGUGGAAAGAGAGCAGAGCUACUGUGCACAAUUGACGAGAUUUGCGCAAGAAGUAAUUGCUAUUAAUCAACUCGCCGAGAACCGUGGCAAUGAUCUAGAGACUCUCGCUGGAGUUAUUGAGGAGCGUGAUGCUGAAGUGAAGGCAGCGCAGAAGGAAAUACUGGCAUUGAAGAAAUUGGUAGCGAAAUGUGAGAAACGUAAUAGAGCGAUAGGAGAAGCCAAAGUGGAAAACACGACGACAGAGAUAAACGAAAGGGACCAUAAAUGGAUCGAAAGUAUUCUGAAACAAGUAUCAACUCCCAGAAGCCGAAUAAAGUCAAAGGGGAACCAUUAUUCAGCUCCGAGGAGUGCUCAAAAUUCUGCACGCGAAUGA